AUGAGCGUGUUACAAUCCACGAUGCUCUACGGAGCGGAAGUAUGGGCUGACGCACUCUCAAUUGAGACCUACAGAAAGAAGCUAGCCACUGUCCAGCGCAGAGGUGCUCUGAGAAUCACAAGUGCGUACAGAACAGUCUCUGAGUGUGCCGUUCUUACCGUUGCUGGUAUUCCUCCAAUUGACCUCCUGGCUCUCGAGAGAAAAAGGAUUUACAGCUAUCGCCGAAAUGGAGCGCUUGAUGCGGCCAUGAAGCGACACGAAAAAGCUAUCACACAAGCGUUGUGGAAAGAGAGAAACGAAGUCAGCGCCACAGGAAUAUGGACGAAAUGA